AGCCGGAGCCGAGGCGGCCUUUUUCCCGAGAGGAUGGCGGCGGGCCUCCCUCGGCCGUCGCCUGGGAGCGGGCCCCGCUAGGUCGCAAGGGCGGAUGGCGGCUCCCGACAGGAAGGCCUCGAGCCAGGAAUUCAUGGCAACGUGCCUCAAUCCGAAGAAAGUAAAGGCGUUCGCCCGGGUCAAGCCCACGGCCGACUUCCCUCAAGAUGUCCUCAGAUUUGGGGCCGACAACAAGACCAUCGAGGUUCACAUCGAGCGGGAUCGUUCUAAAGGCAUCAUCAACAACAAGCAGAUGGACUGGACUUUUAAGCUGGACGGCGUCUUCCACAACGCGCCCCAGGACGUGGUUUACGACGCGGUCGCCAAAGAGCUCGUCUCGCAGGCCCUGAACGGCUACAACGGGACCAUCAUGUGUUACGGGCAGACCGGAGCCGGUAAGACCUUCACCAUGACGGGAACCACCGGGAACUUCAAGCACAGGGGGAUCAUCCCUCGAGCUAUCCAGCAGGUGUUCAAGUCCAUGGAGGAGCACAGCAGCCGGCUUAUCACCGUCCGGAUUUCCUACCUGGAGAUUCACAAUGAGACCAUUGUGGACCUCCUCCCUCUCGGCUCGGACGGCGACCUCCCCCUGUCCAUAGUGGAGAGUCCCCAGGGCGUCUCCGUCAAAGGCCUCUCCAUCCACCCUGCUCCCAACGAAGAAAUUGCCUUAAAUUUCCUGUUUGAGGGUGACACCAACAGAUCUGUGGGCCAACAUGCUCUGAAUAAGCAUUCUUCCAGGUCGCACUGCAUCUUCACCAUCUACAUCGAGUGCCACUCGAGAAUGCUUUCCAAUGCCAGAUACGUCAUCUCUAAGAUUAACCUGGUUGAUCUCGCGGGCUCUGAGAGGCUGUCAAAGAGCAAGUCGGAAGGUUUUGGACUGAAGGAAGCAACUUACAUCAACAAGUCGCUGUCGUUCUUGGAGCAGGUGGUCAUCGCCUUGUCGGACUGUAGCCGGGAUCACGUCCCCUUUCGGCAGAGCAAGCUGACUUACACCUUGAAGGAUUCCUUAGGUGGGGACUUAGGUGGGAACUGCAACACUGUCCUUGUGGCUAACAUCUGCAGUGAGUCCAUUCACAUCGUGGAAACGCUGUCCACACUUCGCUUUGCCACCAGGAUGAAGUGGGUGACUACCGUGCCGUUUGUCAACGAAAAAAUUGACUCGGAGCGGAUGGUGAAGAACUUGGAGAAAGAGGUCCUAUACCUGAAGGAAGAGUUGGCGAUGCACAACAGUUUGCUCAAUCGCCCGCCGGUGACCUACGAGCCCAUGAACGAGAUUCAGAUCGCGGAAAUCAACUCUCAAGUCCGUCGGUUUCUGGAGGGUACCAUUGAUGAGCUUGACAUCACGAGCAUCCGUCAAAUCCAAGAGGUUUUUAACCAGUUCAAAAUCAUCUUAAGCCAACAAGAUCAGGAAGUGGAAGCCAGAUUGCGGAGCAAGUACGCCCUUAUAGACAAGACCGACUUUGCGACGCUCUCGGCCGUCCAGAAGGCAGGAAUAGUGGACGCUGAGGGGCAUCUGGUGGGAGAAAUGGACGGGCAAGGGUUCGGCAUCGGCACGGCCCCCUUCUCCUCCAAGCCUGGCAAGAAAAUGAAAGCCAAGAAAGGGAAAGAACAGACAAGCCCCACAGCUCGCAAGGAGGGCCUGGGGAGCCCGCUUUCCGGGAAGGACCUGGAGACCCUCUCGGGGUCUCGCAGCCAAGUGGUGGCCACCACCAGAGAGCUGGAAGGAAAAGACGCCUUGCUCCGCGACCAGGAGGCCUCCAGCCUUGACACGCAUCGCUCUGAGUCGGCGCCAAGAGACGAUAGCAGCAUCAGACCCAGCUCCCCGCCGGCCAGGAUGUCGGCCUUUGAAGACUUCAAGAGCGAGCGCGGCAGCGAGAUCAACCGCAUCUUCAAGGAGAACAAGACCAUCUUGAACGACCGCAGGAGAAGGCUGGGCGAGGUCGUCCAGAGGAUCAACCUGGUCAAGCAGGAGAUGGACACCACCCGCCAGGCCCUCGAGAUCCAGAAACUGGAGCGGGAGCACCAGGGCGAGUACCUGAACGAGGAAGGGCAGAUCAUCAUUGACGAAGAGGAGUUCCUCCUCAUGGUGAAGCUGAAGGACCUCAAGAAGCAGUACCGGGACAACUACGACCAGCUGCAAGAUCUCCGCUCUGAGGUCCAGUACUGCCAAAACCUGGUGGAUCAGUGUCGCAAUCGGCUACUCACAGAGUUUGACAUCUGGUACAACGAAUCCUUCCUGAUUCCGGAAGAGGUGAAGCAAGCCCUGCGGCCCGGAGGGUCCAUCCGGCUUGGCAUGAUUCCCAUGAACAGGGUCCUGACUCUGGAUGAAGACGAGCAAGAGAGAUUUGACCGGAUGCAACAGGAAGUGCUGCCUUUCUGCCCGGCUUCCGUUUCCUUCUAUAACGCCAAAGCGAAGGUGGACCGCAAGCACAAGUAUUCUCGGGCCAUGACCGCCUUCGAGCAAAUGAGGAAGAAGCCGGGAUCCGUUCAAGCCGCGGUGAAGAACAAGCCUCCAUCCCUCCUGGACAUUGUGUAGCCGAAACGAGAACCAUGCCGGCCUCGUUCCUUACAAGAAGAGAGUAAAACACUCAACGGCUGUGCAAGUCACAACUUUAUUUUUAUUUUUUUGCCUGUAAAUGUUCAGAAUUAGCCGUAUAAUAAAUCUUUUGAGGAUU